AUGAACAAAAUCGAAGGUUGGUUGGAGUCAACCAAUAGUUUUGCUGGACGUGGAGUCGCGGCGUUUCGACUCACUUUAAAUUGCGUCGACUGGUUGUCUGUUCGCGGUCUACUGUUAUCGACUUUUUCUACCCUCUCUCCAUACUGUAUUCACAGUACUCAACAGUUUUUAGGCUCAAAUUCAUCUUCUCGCUCCCAGAUUCGUGUUUAA